AAAUGCCUCAAAGUGGAAUUGGCGUUACACAACAUCUUUCCCUUGCACCCAUUUCGUCCUGAGUAUUCCGUGAAGAGCUACUCUUGCCUCCCUGAUGGACUCGAAAGAGUCGGGAAAUGCCCAUGGGCAUAUCCCGGACAACGCCACUGCCAACGGUUCUGGACCUGCAAUACCAAGCUCAGCCAUGACUUCGAACUCCGGAAUGAGGGAGGUGGAAGAGGAUUCUACCCAAGACGUAGGCGCUAUAAACAAUUAUGAAUCGUCUGAAAGUAUGCACCAAAGCGAGGAGGCUAUAAAUCCUACAAGCUUUGAAGCCUCACCCGCGGAGGUGUCCGAAAAUCGCCAAAACGAGGUAAAAGCUUUAGAUGAGGUAAAAUCUAUGCCAAUGGAGGAACACUUGACUACAGAAGCAGAUCCUGUCGAGGCGACGCCAGGAAAGGAGGAAGCGCCUGCAAGUUUUGGUGCAGCUCCCGGUGGAGACGUUGCUCAGCAGUCCUCGAUGGGAGGAGCUGAAGACAUUACCGCUCCGGCAGAAACCCAAGCGCUUGAAAAUCCCGUAUCCAAUGUUGCAGACUCGAGCAAUUCUCAGCCUAUUGAGUACGAAUCACAUCCUGACAUAGAGGUCGAUUCAAAUCCACGAGCAGACAAUUCAGAUGCAGAUUCGGCUAUAGGAUCGAUGCCAGGAAGCUCAACUGUUUCUCUUCGCGAGAGCGUUUUCAAUUAUAUCGAAGAGAAUGGACGUACUUAUCAUGCAUUUCAUGCUGGUAAAUACGUUCUUCCUAAUGAUGAAGUGGAACAGGAACGGCUCGAUCUUCAGCAUCACCUUUUCGUCAUGACCAUGAACAACAAACUUCACUUAGCCCCCCUCAAGAAUCCUCAAAAUGUACUCGACAUCGCGACUGGAACUGGAAUAUGGGCUAUCGAAUUUGCCGAAGAGUAUCCCUCAGCUGCAGUACUUGGGACGGAUCUCAGUCCUAUACAGCCUGCCUACGUUCCAGCAAACUGUCGAUUCGAGAUCAACGACGCCGAAGAAGAAUGGAUUUUCUCCCAACCAUUCGACUACAUCCACGGCCGAGCGUUAGUCACAUGCUUCCGUGAUCCACCUUCAGUCAUUGCCAGUAUCUACGAAAACCUGGUUCCAGGCGGCUGGUUUGAAUUCCAGGACCCAAUCAUGCCUCUUCGGUCCAUCGAUGGCUCCCUAGAAGGCACAGCCUUUGAUGAAUACCAAAAACUGUGUAUGGAAGCAGGUACGAAAUUGGGUAGACCAUGGACGAAUGGGAAGAAUUACGGGAGGUGGAUGAGGGAGCAGGGAUUUGUGGAUGUGACUGAGAGAAGCUAUUACUGGGCUACUAAUCAAUGGGUGAAAGGAAGACAGCAGAAAUUGCAAGCGCUGUGGCUGCAAGAGAACUUGAAGGAGCUGAUACCUGCUUGGGGGUUGGGCACGUUGUCAAGAACGUUGGGUUGGAGUAGGGAGAGAAUCGAGAUACUGAUUGCGAGGGCAAGAGAGGAUUUGAAGGAUCCAAACAUUCAUGCUUAUGCUGAAUGCUAUGUUGCUUAUGGAAGGAAACCUCAUUCGACGACUGGGUGAUGGCAUUCAUAGCUACGACCAACGUAAUAAGAAACUGCUCUAUGCUCCUCA